AUGGUUACCAUGCCCAAUCACAGUGUGUUGUUCCCAUUUUGUUGUUUUCGUCAUAAUCGUACGCUGUAUUUGUUUGAUCACUGCUAUGAGUUUGUUGAUACAAUGGCCAACCAGAUAGCUACCCAUUCAUUAUUACAGAUACAGGAAAUUAAUGAACGUGACGCGAUGCAGGUGAAACUCAUCCAAGUCUUGACGGAACAGAUACAGAAAGCCUCAAGUCACCCGAGUAGAAAUCCGGGACAGAUCGAGGGGCUGUCACAUAUCCAACUGACGCAACAAGAGACUGCUCUACACGCAUCGAGUGACCCGAGUCGAGUGACCCCGAGGUUAACUCCACAGCCUAGAUCGAAGAAACAAGCAGAUGCGACUCCAUCACCAGCAGACUGCGAGGGCCUCCAUGACGCCAGCAGGGACGGGAACCUGGAGGAGGUGAAGCGGCUCCUGUCUCUGGGCGUCGACGUCAAUUGUACAGGAGGGGGGAGCUGGACACCGGUGAUGGAGGCAGCAGGCGGGGGACACAGAGACGUGGUUGAGCUCCUGGUGAGUAAAGGGGCCGAUGUGUCACUGGUAGACGAGUACGGUGACAACAUCCUCCACUACGCCUGUAUGGGAGGACACUUUGAGACGGUGAAGUUUGUGCUGUCUCUGCACGUGGUGGACAUCAACAGUAGAGGAUGGCGGAGCAUGACACCGGUGAUGAGGGCAGCAGACAAGGGACACAGAGACAUGGUGGAGUUCCUGGUAAGUGAAGGGGCCGAUGUGUCACUGGUGGACGAGGACGGUGACAACACCCUUCACCACCUCGCCUGUUAUGGAGGAGACUUGGAGACGGUGAAGUUGGUGCUGUCUCUGAACGUGGUGGACAUCGACGCCAGGAACAAAUCGGGGCAGACGGCGGACGACGUGGCGAGAGACUGGGGAUAUCCGCGAGUGGCGGAUCUCCUCGUGUCCCGCGGCGCUCAGUGAUGUCAGUGUCGUGUUUGUGUAGACGGUGGAGGAGGACGCUGACAGAGACGUGGCGUGCCGUUCACGUCGUCGUUUGUAAAUAUGUCUUUAUUUAUGUGAAACUGUUUGUCUUUGGAGAUAAAUAAAACUUGUAAAAAC